CGACCGGAUACGGUACGGAGUGGGGAGAGAAAAGGUCAGCGCGCGUGCGCGCCAUGGUGCUUGCCAACGACGGGUCGCCGAGCUAGAACGGAGGCUGCAGCUGGGUUACCUGUCGGUAGCGGUAGACGUUGUGGGUGUAUUGCCGAAUUGCGGCAGCAUGCUGCGGUUGUAGCAGCUCAUGGCUGCGGCACGGCAGUGUCAUGCCACGACUAGCGUCAACCCGCGCUCUGAUUGGCUAAAAUUACGAAGGGGAUGAUGAUCGAACCAUAACGCGGUCGCCAGUUUGACACGUGCGAUGACCAAGGAAAACUCACCGCUGCCGGCCGUGCCGGCGCGCCAGCGCAGCCAGCAAAAGUACCGUGCCAAGAAGAAGGAGUCGCAGACGCAGCUCCAAGACAAGGUCAUCCGCCUCCGCGUGCACGUCAAGCAGCUCGAGGACCAACUCGAGAGCCAUACGCUAGCGCUGCCGCCGCCCAUGCCAACGUUCGCCGGCCUCGCCAACGUUGCGCGCGAGUUCUUUAGCGUCUUUGAGCACGGCUUUAGCGACCCCGGUCAGCCCGCGUACAAGGACCAGCUGCAUUUUCUGUACUGCACGACGUCGCCCGACUUUAGCUUCAUGGGCGAGGCGGAUGGCAUGUCGAUGCUCUUCCGUCAAUGGGGCUUCUAUACCAAGGUCUUUGCGUCGUUCACACACGUGUGCGACGGCGCCGAGACGAUCGCGCUCACCGACGACGAGAUCAUCGUCCAGGCGCGGACAACGCUGCACCUGCGGCUCUCGCGCGCCUCGAUCGCAACCAUUUACCCGAACCUGAUUGCAGUCAACGAGCCGCUCGUGCAGUCUCUCAUUGGCAAGAUGCUCCGCGUGCCCAUGCACGCGCUCUUCUACAUGUACAAGGACACGACCGCUGUCCACACGUUCACCGUCGACGCCGACAUUGCAACGGCUGCGGUCACGCUUCUCGGCAACGUCUCGGACGCAGCAAUCGCGCUCGAGUCGUCGCGCUACGAGUCGAGCGCCAAGCUCAACUUAUAAGUCGAAACCCUAAGUCGAAAAUCGACGUUCGAUGAAGCAAGAUGAAGCAGGCUUUCCGCACAUCCCAA